CUCCGUAGAAUCAGGAAUUCCAAGGAAGCAGCUGUCAAAGAACUUCAAACAAUGAAGGGUGGUUUUAGCAUCCAAAAAGAGCUUGCGAUCUCCUUGGAAGAAGAAUUGAAAACUUUGAGACAAGAGUUGGCUUCUGCCAAGGAUAAUACCAACUCCUCUUCCGCCGAACUUGAAGAACUUUCCACUUUAUUGAGUAACGCUCAAAAACAACGUGAUGAGGCUCAGAGACGUGUUAAGACCUUGGAGAUUGAGGUUGAAACCUAUAAGCUCGCUGGAACGGCCGGAAAUGAAAAUGUCAACGCAUUACGAGAAGAAUUGUCCAACGCCAAGCUCGAAAUGGUCGCUCAGAACGAGAUUCUCGUCGAUCUGGAAUCUCAAAUGGUCAUCCUGGAAAAGGAACGCGAUCAAAGUGCCCAACAUGUGGCUGAAUUAAUGGAAGCCCUUGAGAGAAAGGAAGCCAAUCAGAAAGAUGCUGUCAAAGAACUUGAGUCGACAUUGAUGAAUCUAGAGUCGGAACUAGUAAUGGCCAAGGAUAACGAACGAAUGGAUAAGGAAAUGAUCGCAGAUCUUGAAGAAAAGCUUUCCUCCGUUCGACUGCAACUAGAAGAAGCCAAAGCUUCGGACGAAAGGAGAACCAAGACUAUCAAUGAGCUGGAGGCGAAAUUAAGGGAAACUCUUGGCGCGUUAACGGAACGGGAGAAUGGAAUCAACGAUCAGGACAACCUUAUUGUUGAAUUAGAAGCGCUCAUACGAAAUACUCAGUUUGAAUUACAAUCGGCCAAGCUUUCGGAAGUUGACGCCGCAGCACGCAUAAAAGAACUUGAGGAUAAACUCGCCGAAGCAUCAAAAUUGGAACUUGACUCAACCGUCGCCGAACUUGAGGCGUCCAAAGCUGAACUUGAAAAGGUCAAAGCGUCCGAGGCGAAAUUUAUUCAGCAGGUCAAGAAUCUUGAAGAAAAAUUCCACAGUGUUCAAGAGCAACACAAGCAAGAAAUUACUAAACUCGAACUGGUGAACGAGGAAGUUUAUUCUCUGAGAGAACAAUGUACACGUUUGCAAGCGGAAAUCGAUGACGCCAAUCACGAUUCUGUUAUUCAAUGCUAUGAGAAUAUUGGUGACGACGUGAUUGAAGAUCUUAGCCAUUGA